CUGCAUACAUAUAUGUCAGAGAAGCAGAAAUGUCAGAUGAUAUCAGGAAAAGGUUUGAAUUUCCAAAUUCUCUUAUCCAAACACAGGCUGUGGGUCAUCUUCUUGCUGCAGUCCUAAAGGAGAAUGGUUUUUCAGAAAAGAUCAAUCAAUCCACAAACCAGACCCCUGCUUUGAACUUGCUCUGGGAGAAGUGCAGCAGUGAUAACGUGGUGGUUCGGACAGCCUGCUGCGAGGGUCUGGUGGCACUUGUUGCGCAGGAUCACGCGGAGUUCAGCUAUAUUCUCAAUGGGAUCCUCAACCUGAUUCCCUCUGCCAGGAAUACACAUGGCUUGAUAAAAGCUAUCAUGAAAUUAUUACAAAUGCAAGCUGUAAAGGAAGGACAAGCUGGCGAGAAGAAUAUUCAGGAUCUAUAUUCUAUUAGAAAUCAUCCUCAGCCUUUGAUCACUGUGCUGGAGCACAGACCUGAUUGCUGGCCCGUGCUUUUGCAGCAGCUGACAGCGUUUUUCCAGCAAUGCCCUGAAAGGUCGGAAGCUUCAUGCGUCCAAAUAAUGGCACCAUUUCUCUGGUAUCUGUAUUGUGAGCCAUCCCAGUUGCAAGAAUAUGCUAACCUCAGACUAGCCCUGCUGAAGGUCCUCCUUCAACCCCGGGUUCUCUGUGACAAAGAACAGCCAUCGACACUGGAGCAGCAGAUCCUUCAGCUGUGUUGCGACAUGGUCCCGUGCUUGCAGAUAAAGGAUUUGAUACAGACAACAGAAGUGAUGCUGUUUAUCGAGGAAGUAUAUUUAAGCCUUUCGCGUCACCCUGGUUUCUGGAAAAUUCAGCUUACCCAGCUGACCCUUCAGCUGCUGUGUGUCUGUGAAGUCAGCUUGCAGAUAACUGGGGAAUGCACAUCUUUAAUUCACCUUUUGGAGCGUAGUGUUGAACUGCUGAAGGAGGAUUUUCCUGUUGAACUGGUCAUAAUUGGAAUAGCUUUGCUACUUCUACAGACUCCUGCAAGUCAGCAGAAGCCAAUCUUAAGUCUAGCUUUGAAGCUCCUCUCUUUUGCUGACGGUCAGAAAAUCCCAAAGUCCUCCUUGCUGCUAGUCAUGCCAGUUCUGCAGAUACUUUCUUCUACGGCCUUGGAAGACUGCAUAUCCACGGAUGAAGACGGUCCCUCAAGGCAGCAGUUGGCUCUGAAGCUUUUAGAAACGAUACAGCAAGGGUGCUACAGAGACGACCACCAACAGCUGCCCUUUAAGCUUGCACUCCCCAUUUCUAGCACAUACGCUUCAAUAUUUACAACCUGGAGGAUCCUUGAAGUACUGCGAGACGAGUCUGCAGCGAGUGACUGGCUGGCUUCAGUAGAGUCCUUGCUCCCUAUUACUACAAUGAUCCCUGUGCAUGUUCUUCUGCUGCUGGUUCACCUCCUUGUUGAAGAUAAAGGACAAAAUCUUCGCCAAAUACUGAAGGUCACCACAGAAUUAGCCCAAGCGGAUUCCUGUCAGGUACCAAAUUUGAUUCCAGUUUUGAUGUUCAAAUUGGGAAGACCACUGGAGCCUGCAUUAUACAUUGAUAUCUUAUAUACUUUACCUACACUUGGUGUUCACAAGGUGUGCAUAGGACAAAUUCUACGAGUAAUUCAACUUCUUGGAACCACUCCACAACUACGAGCUGUCACUUUGCGCUUGUUGACAUCUUUGUGGGAAAAGCAGGAUCGUGUCUAUCCUGAACUGCAGCGGUUCAUGGCCAUGUCCGAGGCACCCUCUCUGUCCGCGGGCAAGGAAGUCCAGUGGGAGAAACUGAUCGCUAAAGCAGCAUCCAUCAGAGACAUAUGUAAGCAAAGGCCCUAUCAGCACGGUGCAGACAUGCUGGCCGCCAUUUCCCAGGUGCUGAACGAGUGCACCAAGCCGGAUCAGGCCACCCCAGCGGCCUUGGUGUUACAAGGUCUCCAUGCACUCUGCCAAGCCGAGGUUGUUUGUAUUCGCUCCACUUGGAAUGCUCUCUCCCCGAAGCUGAGCUGUGACACCAGACCUCUCAUUUUGAAGACGCUCAGUGAACUGUUUUCUCUGGUUCCUUCCCUAACCGUCAACACAGCUGAAUACGAGAAUUUCAAAGUUCAAGUCCUCAGCUUCCUCUGGACUCACACUCAGAACAAGGACUCGGUUGUAGCAAAGGCUGCCUAUCAAUCUCUGUCACACUUCAGCGCUGGCGAGCACACGGUUCUUCACCUGCCCGAACAGAUAAGACCAGAAAUCAGUCCUCCUGAGCUGGAUGAAGAUGAAGAUGAGGAGGGUGAUGAAAAGGAUGUGGAUCUUUCGAUUCCUGGCUCUUGCUAUCUCAAACUGUUGCCACUCACCUCGCCUUUGGUGUUACCAGCGUUGGAGGAAUUUUUUACAUCGCUUGUGAAGCAAGAAAUGGUGAAUAUGCCCCGUGGGGUAUAUCACUUGGCAUUGAAAGGAGGUGCCCGCUCAGACCAAGGAAAGACUGUAGCAGGAAUCCCCAAUUUUAUAUUGAAAAUGUAUGAAACAAACAAGCAACCAGGUUUGAAACCUGGCCUUGCAGGGGGUAUGUUGUUUUGUUACGAUGUUUCAAUGUAUCAGAGUAAAGAUGGCAAACCUUUGAAUCGACUGAUGGCCAGUAGAGGGCGAAGUUUCAAGCAGACCUCACUUGCUCUGGUGCAUGAGGUUCACAUCCAGCUCUCAGAGUGGCACCGCGCCCUUUUCCUCCCACAGGCCUGGCUGGCAUACAUGGGCCGAGCGUAUCAUGCCAUCUUACAGGGAAGGAUAGCGGAGCUGGAGCUGCAGUUAAAACACGGAAAGGAGAGCGCUGAGGAGGUGCAGUUCAAAAAAGGCACAGCCUGGCUCUGGGUCCGAGACAUGUUGACGGAUGAGAUCACCAAGUCAGCUGCAAAGGAGAGCCCGGUGGUGAAAGGCAAUGCGCUGUUAGCCUUAAGCAGCCUUGCUGUCGUCGUAUCCAAACAUGAAGCCAGCCUCUCCUCGGACAGCGAGGGCGCCCUGGAGGUUCAACCGAAUUUCCUUUCCAUGAAAGACUGGGUUUCCAUGGUGUUUGACACUCUCCUGGUCAUUGUGGAUAGCCACUACCAACCCAGAGGACAACUUUUCUGCUCGUUCUAUUACAAAUCCUAUUCCGGGGAAAACACGGCCAGUGCCAUCGCCCGCUCCGCGGCCGCCUCGGCUUUGUCCCUGCUCGUGCCAGUUUUCAUUAUCUCUCGCAAAGAGAAGGUGGAGGAAAUCCUGACCAUGCUGACUGCCAGGUUACCUGGGAAACCAAGCGCUGAUGAGUCUCAAGCCGUGCAAAUCCACAUGGGCCUCGCUUUGGGGAUGUUUCUCUCGCGCUUGUGUGAGGAGAAACUCAGUGACGUUUCCGGCCACCAGAUGAACCUUCUGCUGAUGAAGUCCUUGGAUGCCCUGGAGAACUGCUGCUUUGACCCCCGCCUUGAACACAACACGGGCUGUAUCCUGGGAGUUGGACUGGUUCUGUCCCUCAUGAGCCACAGCAGCCAAACGGAGUCGCGCGUCCACGUGGCCGCGUCGCUGCGGAAGCUGUCCGCGUACCUCGAUGACAGCGGGAGCCAGAGCAGGACCUUCCAGGAGGUCCUGGCCUACACCCUCAGCUGCGUGUGCACAGCGGCGUUCAGUGCCGGCAUCAUCGAGGCUGCGGAGGCCGAGGACACGAUGAACAAGCUCCGCCAGUUGGUAGAGAGCAACCAGCAGACUUCAGGUUUUGCCUUGGCGUUAGGCAACAUAGUUCAUGGUUUGUCUGUGUGUGGACAUGGAAAAGCCGAAGACUUGGGCAGCAAGCUGCUCCCUGCCUGGAUCAGGAUUGUCCUAGCAGAGGGCUCUCCCACAAUGCUUUGCUUGGCAGCUCUCCAUGGCAUGGUGGCCUUGGUAGGCUCAGAAGGGGAUGUAAUGCAGCUGAAGUCAGAAGCCAUCCAGACCUCUCAGUUUCAAGCCAGACUCAAUGAAGUCAUUAGAGCCUUAACACAGGUCAUCAGUGUGUCCGGGGUGAUUGGUCUUCAGUCCAAUGCAAUCUGGCUUCUAGGACAUCUUCAUCUGUCUACUCUGUCCUCAAAUCAAAGCAGAACCUCCGUUCCUACUGACUAUAGCUAUUUGCCUGAAAGCAGUUUUAUUAGAGCAGCCAUUGGCUUCUUCGUUACGGGAGGAAAAAAAGGUCCUGAGUCAGUGCCCCCGUCCCUUCUCAAGGUGGUGAUGAAACCCAUCGCGGCGGUUGGCGAAAGCCACCAGUACCCUCCUGUGAACUGGGGUGCACUGCUCUCCCCACUUAUGAGGCUAAACUUUGGUGAAGAGGUCCAGCAGCUGUGCCUGGAAAUCAUGGUGACCCAGGCGCAGUCCUCCCAGAAUGCGGCUGCGCUGUUGGGACUGUGGGUGACGCCCCCGCUGCUCCACGGUCUCAGUCUGAAUAUCAAGAAAUACCUCCUGGUGUCUGUACCGCUGUGGGUCAAGCACAUCUCUGGUGAACAGAUCCUGGGCUUCGUUGAAAACUUAAUGGUGGCCGUUUUCAAAGCCGCUUCCCCACUUGCCAAUCCGGAGUUACGCCCGAGUGCCUUGCAGGGCCUGAGCCAGGCCAUGAAGCUGCCCAGCCCUGCCCACCACCUCUGGAGCCUGCUCUGCGAGGCCACUGGGAACAUUUUUGACCUUCUGCCAAAUAAGAUUCGGAGGAAUGACUUAGAGCUGUACAUCGGUGUAGCAAAAUGCCUCUCGGAGAUGACGGAUGAUGAAGCCAAUCGGCUUGCCCCGGUUACCGAGAGCAGCCUAGAAAAGGCUGCCUUUGUCAGGCUGUACUUGGUCUCGCAAGGACGGCUCCCCUUGAUGGGCGUGAAUGACAUGCUCGGUGUGGUUGCUCAGCACCGGGAGAAAGACGCACUGGCCUGGGUGAUCCUGCACAGCUUGUACCACGCGCGGAUCGUGAGCCACGCCAACACAGGUGUGUUGAAGAGAAUGGAAUGGCUCUUGGACCUGAUGGGUUAUAUCAGAAAUAUAGCUUACCAGUCAACCUCUGUUCAGAACGUGGCUCUUGAUGAGGCUCUGGACUUCUUGUUGCUGAUCUUUGCAGCGGCGGUGGUUGCGUGGGCCGACCAUGCUGCCCCGCUCCUCCUCGGCCUCAGUGCCAGUUGGUUGCCAUGUCAUCAAGAACAGGGCCCAGCUGGGCCAGCAUCCAGCUUCCUUGGCAGGAGCCCAAUGCAUAGGGUCACUCUGCAGAUGGCCCUGGCUCUCCUUCCCAGUAGCAUGCUGCUGCUGCUGCAGAAGGAGCCGUGGAGGGAGCAGGCCCAGAAGUUCAUCGAUUGGCUAUUCAACCUCAUGGAAAGUCCUAAGGAAGGCCUCUCUGCGGAAUCCAGGGGUCUUUUAAAAGCCACCCUGCUGUCCUUAAGAGUUCUCCCAGAGUUUAAGAAGAAAGCAGUAUGGACCAGAGCGUACGGCUGGUGAACAGUUUUGCCGUAGCCAGCCACAUUCUCAGCCGGAAGAGGAAAACUACGCAAAUGGAAGGAAUUUUUCAGAAUGUGUGUCUGGGACCCCUGAGACGUGAUGCAUCUCACGGUCAUGAGAGGGAGGCCACAUCACUGACGGUUUGAACCCUGAGUGCCAGGAAAGGAGACGCUGCUUCCGUACCCAGGCCAGUGGAGGAUGAAACGAGAACUUGAACUUUCUUUCAUUUGGCUAGAGUUCAAUCUGAAGAUUUUCUUUGUACAACUUUGACUCUAUCAUUUCCUCUCCCAGAUUCUAGUAAAAUAGUCCCAUGAAUUUUG